AUGCGAAUCUUCAUUCUCCGCAUCUCCAAUUUCAUAAACCAAAAUCUCAAAAAUCCACAAUGGAUUCAUCACCACCAACACAACCCCAAUUUCAACCCCAUCAGAGGAAUGUCCCAAUCCACCUCAAUCCCCAAAAAACAACUACGAAUUCGCGACCACGGCUACGACAAUUACAUGGAGAUCGAGAAGAAAACCCGAAAAGUCCUCAAAUUCCAGAACCUCAUUCUCUCUGAACCCAAUCAAUCAAUCCCAAUCCCUCGGCUCGAAACCCUAGCUCAUCGUAUCGGCUUCACGCGCCAUGAAGCCAGCGCGUUUCUUCUCAAAUUCCCGCACGUCUUUGAAAUCUUCGAGCACCCCGUUCAGCGUAUCCUCUUCUGCAGGUUGACCCGGAAGGCCAUUCUUCAGAUUGAACACGAGCGGAAUGCACUUGCAGAUCAAGUCUCGCGAGCGGUCACGCGCCUCCGUAAGCUGCUUAUGAUGUCCAAUGGGCUUCGAUUACGCCUUGAGCAUGUGAGGAUUGCGCGAUCCGCACUUGGCUUGCCGGAUGAUUUUGAAUACUCGGUUGUUUUGAGGUAUCCCGAAUUUUUUCGGUUAAUUGAUGCUAAAGAAACUAGGAAUAAGUAUAUUGAGCUUGUUGAAUUUGACCCUGAGUUAGGAAUAUGUGCAAUUGAAAAUGCUAGGGAGCGAGUUUAUAGAGAGAGGGGUAGUGAUGCUGAAGAUGUUAGGUUUUCUUUUUUGAUUGAUUUUCCACCUGGUUUUAAGAUAAGUAAGUAUUUUAGGAUUGCGAUGUGGAAGUGGCAAAGGCUACCUUAUUGGUCACCUUAUGAAGCUGUUUCUGGGUAUGAUUUGAGGUCGAUUGAGGCGCAGAAGAGAAUGGAGAAAAGGGCUGUUGCCACCAUUCAUGAAUUGUUAUCCUUGACUGUGGAGAAGAAGAUUACUUUGGAGAGGAUUGCGCAUUUUCGGAUGGCAAUGGACUUGCCGAAAAAGUUGAAGGAAUUUUUGCUUCAGCAUCAGGGGAUUUUCUAUGUAUCCACCAGAGGGAAUCAUGGGAAGCUUCACACUGUUUUUCUUAGGGAGGCUUAUAGGAAAGGUGAGUUGGUUGAGCCUAAUGAUUUGUAUUUGGCGCGGCGGAAGCUUGCCGAGCUUGUGAUUUUGAGCCCCCGGAAAGCUAAGGUUGAUAGGGAGUUGGUUGGGUAUAGGAGGAGCAAGUUAGAUGAUGAAAUGGGGCAAGUAACAAGAGCAUAUGUUGAGGAUGCUUGUGAAGACUUUAAAGGUGGAAAUGGUGUAGGACAAAGUGAGGAUGCAGAAGAUGAUUUGUCAUCAGAUAUUGGUUCUGAGGUUGAUUCCGGAGAUGACAAUGAUGACUUUGAUGGUAGUGUAUCAAUGCAAAGGAAAUCACAUGAGUGA